GAAUCUGUUUGUAAAUCAGUUUGUUUUUUUCCUACGUGCACUUGAAUGCAUCACAGCAAAUCGCUACGCGCGGAGCGAACUGGUGACUCUUUUUGUGUGUAUUUAUAGUUAUCCCGUGGAGAGAAAAAAAUGAGUAUCUGGGAAAGCAAGCAGGAGCGUUUGGCAGACUGAUAACACCGGUGAAUGGAGGUCACAGCAGACACGGAGUGAGACGCUGAGGGGGAGAGAGAGGGGAGGACGGACAGCGGCUAUCCGCCUUCAAAAAUGGCGUCUCCGGAGGAAAAUGAGUAAAAAUGAUUAAAACGCGGCCUAUUUCUUUACACUUCCUUGUUCGGAUUUAAAGAUAUUUUUUCGUUGUGCCGUUAUUAUUUUUUUCCCAGUGCAAGCGGUUUCGUCGCGUUUAUUUUAAUGGCUGUUAGAGAACAAAAAGGGGGGAGGAGAGCGUAUUUUGGGAAAUAAAAGCAGCCCAGUUUUAUUUUGAUGCGUCGUUGCUGACAGCUAGCAUCUGCUGCUAACCCGUAGCUCCGCUCCGUGAAGGGGGUGGGAACGAUUUGCAUGCAAAGGGAGAGGAAGAAAAAAAAAGAGAUUUUCAAAUUGGGGAUUUCUUUGCUCGCCCUAUGGGGAAUGAUUGCAACCAACGUGGCCCCCGUCGAUUACUAUCUUUUCUAGCGCUAGCAGCGUAGCCGAAACUAGCCCGAAGAAAGGGGAGGAGAGACGGUGAAAAAAAAGGGACGCGUUCAAGUCAAAUGUUUGAAAGCAAUUCGCCCAUCAGCGACCAAAAUCAUCUCUUCAUCAUGACCGUGACUGAUUUUAGACCCGAUCUGCAUUCGAGGAAAUGAUAAAGGUGAAAAGCGCAGGAAAAGGAGACAGACUGGCUUUUUUUUGGAGGUGCUUGGAUUAUAACCCCGUAGACCCCCCUCUCUUUUUUCAUCCAGCUUUCUCCUCCUCCCCACCAUUUCUCUUUGAAUAUGCUGUUUUCCACUCUUGAGGACUUGCCCGUGAAACCGGGAAAAAUAGCUUGAAAACGGGAAAGACUGGAUUUUUUUUUCUUUUUCUUUGACUUCCUCCACAUUUUUGUGUCCUGCUACGUUGUCGUCGUCGCUGACGCUUUGUGUACGAGACAUAAAUGGAUAGAAAUUACCCGGGAACAGGAUUUGGUGAUUUGGGCGCAGGAGCAGGAUGGAGUUACGACAGAACAGCAAAAGCAAGUCUUGUCUAUGGGAGUUCCAGAUCAUCCCACCCUGAGUCUGAGCUCCUUCACCGACAAGCCUACGCCACCCCACACCCUCUGCAGGGCUAUGCUACCAAUCACCACCCAGGGAGCUCUGGCCAAGGCGGGGCUUGGGGAGCAGCUGGACGGAGUUUGGGUCUUUCGGGGCUUUUUGACACAGGCCUGCACCAUGCCAGCCCCUCUGCUCCUGAUGCCUCUGUCAUGAAUCUGAUCUCAGCCCUGGAGUCCAGAGGUCCUCAACCUCCACCCUCCGCCUCCUCCCUUCUUUCUCAGUUCCGCACGCCAUCCUGGCAGACAGCAAUGCACACACCUGCUCCCCCUGAACUGUUCAUCUCUGGAGCCCUUCCUGGCUCUGGAUCUUUCCCUUCCUCAUCAGCUCUAUCAGCAUAUCAACAUCCAGCAUCGUUCUCCAGCCGCUCUUUCCCUGCUGCCUCCCUUUCCCUUCAGGACACGCCCACAUUUAGUCCGACAUCCAAUGGUCUACUCUCUCCGCAUGAUCCUCUAAUACAUAUCAAAGCCCCUUCACAGUCAAGCCUGGGUUUUGAUCGACUCCUGUCCUCACAGGGUGCUGCUGCUGCCUACAGGGGCAGCCAGGAUCCCACGGGCGCGACGUCGGCUCAGGCCUCCUCUGCCAGGCAUCUGCAGUCACACCAGUUCAAUCUGCUGUCAUCUCAGCUGCAGGAUCAGUCCUCCCAGCUGUACAAUCCAUCAGUAUUUUCCUCAGCCCAGUCCCAGCCUCAGUCCCAGUCGCAGUCUAACUCGGCUCAAGAGCGGGCCGUGCCCCGGCAGGACAGCGUCAUCAAGCACUACCAGCGGCCAACACCAUCCCAGUCGCAGCUGUCGUCCUCAGCCGCUCACUCGCUUCAGCACUAUCUCAGCUGUGGAGGGGCGGGGUACCAACAGAUCGCCACCCACCACAGGCAUGCUGGACUAUCUUGCAGCCCACUAGGUGACCAGAGCCCCUCAUCCGACCACAAGCCCACUUCUCGCACCGAGCAGUAUCGGCCAAUUAUUCAACCCCCCUAUUCCUCCUCUUCCUCUUCUUCCUCCUCAGCUGGUAAAGGUACUAAAAGCAGCUCUAGUAGUGGCUAUUCCUCUGGAAGCUCUGCAUCAUCCUCGAGAACUCCUCACACGCCUCCGUCAGCUUCCUCUACCUCUUCUUCGUCAUCUUCUUCUUCAGCCACUUCGGGGGCUCAUCCUUCUAACUCGAUUCCCACCUCCAGCUCGAGCGCAGCUCCCUCUAGGCAACAGCCGCCUCCUCAAGCAGCUCCACCUCCCCCCACACCUCAGCAGCAACAGCCCCCUGCCACUUCUGCUUCAGCUCAACAGUCGCUCCCCAAAUCUUGCCUCUCUGGCUAUGGCUCUCCUGUACCCCCAGUGAAGACCCCUACAUCUGCUCUUACUGGUCAGACUCCACCCCAACAGCAGACACAGUCAUAUUCCCCUAAUCAGCCCCCAACGUCCCACCUGGCGCAGUCUUAUGGAGGUUUUAACUCACCUCAAGCUCAAGACCUGAGCUCUGGUACGGGUGGGAAAGGCUAUGGGAGUUUAGGGCGAAGCCAUUCAUAUUCCACUGAUAUAUAUGGAGCUGAUUCUGCUUAUGGGUCACUUCCAUCUUCACUAGGUGGAGCUGGCAGCCCGUCAUUAGGCUACGGAGCGCCAGGCCACUCACCCGCCCUUUUAAGAUCGAGUGGCUCAUCAGGCAGCGGAGCAUCUGGAGGCGGAAGCAGCAGUGGCACAGGAAGUGGAAACUCUGGGUCAGGAGGCGGAGCUGGAAAUGGUAUGACCAAUGAAAGAGGUGGAGGAGGUAGUGGUGGAGGCUCUUUUCAUAUUCCAGAUUCCAGCCCCUCCCCUUCAGGCAACUCGGGCAUCAUUCGUCCAGGGUUGCACUCUCCAGUUCCCACCUGCCCCACUCAGUCUCCAGGAGGUGCAGGCUCAAAUAAAUACAUUUCCUCAGUUCUCUCACCCACGUUCUUGGCCUCCCCUCAAGGCUUCCCAGACACCAGGGGUCCCACCUCCCAACCCCAGUCAUAUCAUUCGAACUCCUCUAAAUCAAAGGCAGACACUUCCAUGUUAGGAGUGGGCUCUCAGAGAUCUCAAGAAGAAGUGGAUGAUGAUGAAGAGUUCUUGAUUCAGCAUCUGCUUCAAGCCCAAGCGAGUCCUACUCCUCAGGCUUCUCAUCACCAUGGCCAACAGCAGCCACAGCAGACACCUCAACAAACACAGCCCCAACCCCAGUCAGUCCCCUCCACCAGUGACUCGAGCAAAGGGAUGAGUUAUGACAUGGGCAAGACUUCCGAGGAGAGGUACCACCCGCAGAGCGUUAUACGGACCCACAGCGCYACAACCACGGCAGGGGUAGGAAGUGCAGGUUCUGCAGGGUCCAUUUCUGGGCUGGAGAACCAGCUGGAGAUGUCACUGAAGAAACAGCAGCAGCAUCAACAGCACCACCAUCAACCGCAGCAACAGCCACAAAGGAAUGACCGAUCAGUCGGGAGCAGCAGAAGCAGUGGUGGCAGAAGCAGCACCGAACAGGUGCAUUCCCACCUGCAUCAUCAUGACAACCUUGGCUCGGUUGUUCACUACGGUCGGGGCGACCCGUACUCUCAGCACUCUCUUGCUCCUCAGCACUCCUCACACAGCCAACACGUGUCCUCGCACUCKCAGAUGCCGCCUCACACUCAAAUGGAGCUCCAGAAGAAGCCGCAGGAGCGCGCAGAGAUCCCGUAUCCUCGGAAGACGCCAGAGCUCCAGCAGCAGCACUCUCAGUCUCAGGCCGCCGUGUCCCUCAUGGACUCCCCCACGGACCAGUCCCGUCAGCCGCCUCACCUGCUGCAGUCCGUGCUGUCUCACACCACCCGCAACAAACUGGAGCCGCAUCAGCCGCACCACAAGAUGGACUCUCAGCAGCAGCAUCAGCAGCAGCACCACAAGAUGGACUCCCAUCGUCAGCACCAACAGCACCACAAGAUGGAUUCUCACCCACCGCAUCAGCCACACUCGAAAAUGGACUCCCACCCUCAGCAUCAGCAGCACCAGAAGAUGGACUCCCAUCAGCAUCAGCAGCACCACAAAAUUGAUUCUCAUUCACAGCAUCAACAGCACCAUAAAAUGGACUCUCAUCCCCAGCAGCAGCAGCACUCUAUCAGCCAGCAGCAAGCUGUAAUGGAAGGAGCUGGUGGAAGACUGGGGACGAGUAAACACCAGGCUCAGUCUCAGUCCCAAACUACCCAGCUGCAGCUCCAGCUGCAGUCCCAAGCUUUGGAGGUGGCAGCCGCUCACUACAACCGUGGCCCGCAUCAGCACGACCAGAGCCAGGUGAAACAAAGCUCCGUGGUGUCCUCGCUGGACAUGCUGGAACGCUCUCUCUCUCAGACCUCCAGCGCCGACGUCGGCGUGGCCGAAGACCGACACGGCGGCCCAGGCAGCGCAGGGAGGAGCGGCGGUAGCAGCGAGCGCCACAGACAGCCGCAGCAGGAGCCACAGAGGCAGCACCCUCCCCACCAUCAGCCACAGCCAACCCACCACUCACAGCAACACUCGGCCUCCGAGCUCCACUCCUUCCUCUCAGAGCCCGACAUCGGCCUGUCCACCCCGUCCCACAUGCACCACCUCUCGCAGCAUCACGCGCAGCAGCAGCAGCACCAACAAAGCCACUCCCAUCACCCUCACACCCAACCCCACCCUCAGCAGCAGCCUUCUCACCCUCACCAUAUACCCCCACCUCCUGCGUCAGCUCACCCUCAACCUCAGCCUGACCCACAGCAGCCACUCUCAAGCCAGCUCCCCCCUCAGCAGAGCCAGCUAGACCAGCAGCGCUCAGAACAGCAUCAGUUUGACACAGUCAGCCCAGUGGAGAAAGCAGACCAGAAUCAGCAAAGUAACCGGUUUGUACCAUUAACGUCCAUCUGCUUCCCCGACUCGCUCCUUCCAGAUGAGGACCGCUCUUUUUUCCCAGGAAUGGAAGACAUGUUUUGUGCCGAAGACUACAAAUCAAGCUGUGCUGGUGGUGCAGGACCUGGGCAGGAGGAGAUGAAUGAAGGCCACGCUGGGCAAGAAGGAAUGGAUUCAAUGAAAGGUGGACCAGGUGCAGCGGGAGCAGGAGGUAGUGGUGGACCUAGCUACGAUAUGAUGGGCCACCAUGGAGGCGAUCAGGCUUAUGAACAAUACUGUCAUAGUCUGGAAGAAACUAGCAACAACACUAUGACUCUGGAUCUGGACUCCCUUAAAACACACGAGCUUCCUUCCACUGUCAACACCGAGCAGUUAGGCUUGAUACAGUCCCAGGCCACAACUAUGGGUAUGGGCUCCAAUACAGCUGGUCCAAACAACUCUGGAGCUAAAAUGACCUCAGGUCCUGGAGGAACUGGCUCAGGACCAGGUUCUGGAGGCCUCCAGUCUCCAAUAUUUUGCUCAUCUCGUCCCAAGAAGCUCCUCAAAUCUAGCUCUUUCCAUCUGCUGAAAGAACGCAGGGAUCCUAAUACACUGCCCAAGAAAAGUUACGCUCAAGAAUAUGAGUUUGAGGAUGAUGAGGAUAAGGCUGACCAACCUGCGGACAUCAGGUUGAACAGCCGCAGACUGCCUGACCUUUUACCAGAUUUAGUGUCCAGCUGCAGAAAGGGAGGAGGAGGUGGAUCACUCAGCCCUUUAAUGGGUGACAUUGAUUUUUACCACACCUCUGGCUACUCUUCUAUGGGGUCACACUCGAUCCUGCCUCCGGAUGGACCCAAAAAACGAGGCCGAAAGCCUACUAGGCCGAAAAGGGAGGGUCCCCCUAGGCCAAGAGGCAGACCUCGGAUCCGCCCUAUGCCUGAGCCCUACACCCCACGAGGCAUGAUGGGGGAUAUGGGUGGAUCAACAGUUGGAGCGGGAUUCAGUGUGGAAGGACGGGGCAGGGGUAGAGGCCGUGGAAGUCGAGGAAGAGGAGGAAGGAGAGAGGAUAUGUACAUGGAAAUGAGCGGAAAAGAGCAGGAUCAGAUGCACGCGCAUCACCUCCAUCAGCAGCAGACACAGCAGCUCCAUCAUCAGCCUCAGCAGCAGCACGAGCCCAUCCCACCUCUCAAGAUCAAGUUGCCAGUUGGUACUUUGUCCUCCUCUGACGCCUUGCUGAGGACAGACUCUUUGUCUGGCACCGACCCUGCUUUGUCAGACGGCUCCGUUGGCUCAGCUCCCUCGCUUGGUUUAAGUCCUGGACCUCCCUGCAGCACAGAGAGCGCUAGAAGCCAGGACAAGAACAAACAGAAAAGCCAGAUGAUAAGUGAAGGAGUGGAUGAGGAAGGAUUGGAGGAAAGGGGGGAUGAGAAAGAUUCCGAGUCCAAAGCUGGUUUUGUUGCUUCUUUCUUGGACUUCCUCAAGUCAGGGAAGAGACCACCAGGGUUGGACAUUUCACCAGGAAUGGAGCCUGACAAUGGUGAAACGUCACCCUGUAAAUCAGGGGGUCUACGCCCACUGUCUCCUGCACCUCCUCCCCCACCACCACCGCCUCCCUUUGGGGAUGGCGAGGGCAGUGGAGGCCUGGCCCUGGGCAACUGCCCCAGUCCCAAGCGCUUAGAAGAUGAGCUAAAGAGAAACCUGGAGACUCUACCGUCUUUCUCUUCUGAUGAGGAGGAUUCGGUUGGAAAGAACCAGGACCUCCAGAAGAGCAUCUCCUCAGCCAUUUCAGCUCUUUACGACACCCCUCAGCUUACCUCAAACAUCCAGAAUCCCCUACCACCUCCCCCUUCACCUCCUCAGACUCAGUCUAUCCAGGCUCCUCUUACCCCCACGUUGCAGCCUCCCACACUUAGUCCACAGCCAACAGUGGUAACUCCUCACUCCCAGCCCGAGUCUAACGAACCGGAGGUCCUUCCACCAGAAGAUGGGGACAUGGAAGAGAGCAAGGAAGAGGAGGAGGACGAGGAAGAGGAGGAGGAGAACGAGGAAGAGAGAAGCACUGAAGAGGAUGAAGAAAAGGAUAUAACAGAAGAGAGGGAACCACAGCUGGAAACCCUGAGUGCUCCUAAGCUUGAUGCUCCUCUUCCUGAGAUUCCACCAGAGCCAGAAACUCCUGAACCACCUUACGUUCCGCCAUCUCCUGCCUCAUCCUCCUCUCCUUCCCAUUCCCCGCUCCCUCCCCUGUCUCUCCCCUCACCACCGCCUCCACAAGAGGAGCGACAGGAUUCCCAGCCGCCAAGCCCUGCUGCUCCCGCAUCUCCUUCUCCAUCGCCACCACUACCGCAGCUGCCGCCGCCUCCUCCUUCCCAGGCUGCUGCCAUCUCUCAGCUUGCCACUCCUCCACCCGCCUCCCCUCCUCCCCCACCCAAGGAGUCUCCCGCACCGUCCCCGGAAUCUCCCGCCUCUCCCGAGGAGCCUCCAGCUCCAAAGAUCACCUCGCUGCACCUCGCCCAGAAACAAGAAGACGCAGCCAUCGUUGGAGAAAGCGAAGAGGACGAGAGCGAGAGCGGAGGGGAGGGCAUCUUCAGAGAAAGAGACGAGUUUGUGGUGCGGGUGGAAGACAUUCGAACACUCAAGCUGGCUCUGCAGACCGGCCGCGAGCCUCCAGCUAUCUGGAGGGUGCAGAAAGCCUUGCUGCAGAAGUUCAGCCCAGAGAUCAAAGAUGGGCAGAGGCAGUUCUGUGCCACAAGCAAUUAUCUUGGUUUCUUUGGAGAUGCUAAAAGGCGGUACCAGAGAAUAUAUGUGAAGUUCCUGGAGAAUGUCAACAAGAAGGACUAUGUCCGAGUUUGUUCUCGGAGACCGUGGCGCCGAACUGCACCAAGUCUCAGACGACAGUCCCUCCCUAGAAUGGCAUCUCCUCCUGCUAGCCAGGCACCCCCAAGAGUUGUAGAAAAAGAGGAGCGUAUAGCGCCUCCACCUGUCCAGCGUGAACAGAAGGAGAAAUCAAAAACGGCAUCGGCAAAAGAACAUGUUGAGAAAAAAGAGGCCGCGGUCGCUGUGCCAAAAGCCAAAGAAAAGGAGAAGGCGAGGGACCAGGAGAAGGAUAAAAUAAAGCGUGCUCAGCCGCAGCAGGAGAAGGUGGAGAAGCGAGCGCAGUUGCAGCAGGAGAAGGUGGAGAAGCGAGCGCAGUUGCAGCAGGAGAAGGUGGAGAAGCGAGCGCAGUUGCAGCAGGAGAAGGUGGAGAAGCGAGCGCAGUUGCAGCAGGAGAAGGUGGAGAAGCGAGCGCAGCCACAGCAGGUAAAAGCGGAGAAGCGAGCGCAGCCACAGCAGGAAAGAGGAGAGAAGCGGAUACAGCAGCAGCAGGAGAAGGUGGAGAAACGUGUGGGCGCAGCAGAACGUGGCAGAGCUAAGGAAGACAAGAAAGCAUUGGAAAAGAAGGAGAAACCUGAACGACCACCCAAGUUCAAGCCAACAAAAGUGAAGGCCGAGCCCCCACCCAAGAAGAGGAAGAAGUGGCUGAAUGUACCUUCAUCGGUACCGUCAUCGUCUGACUCCGAUUCAUCUGAUGAGGCGGCUAGUGAGAAUGAAAUGCCAGUGAAAGGCGGAGUGAACAAUCGCGCCAUGAGAGAAAUGUUCAGGAGCUACGUGGAGAUGCUGGUAAGCACAGCCCUGGACCCGGACAUGAUCCAAGCCCUGGAAGACACAGAUGAUGAGCUCUACCUCCCCCCAAUGAGGAAGAUUGACAGCAUCCUGAGCGAACAGAAGAGGAGGUUGUUGAGGAAAGUCAGCAUGAGUUCUCAACACCAGGAGGUUCUGCAUGCUUAUCCCCAAAUAAUCACUGACCCUUUGGACACGGGAGUGGUGAGGGUGCGACUAACUGGUGACGCUUACAAUCGAAAGACUCUCAACAGAGUCAAGAAGACCCUGCCUAAACCACAGGACCUAAAACUGUCAUCUGAGAUGUACCGGAUAUACAGUCUCUACCACUCUCUGCAUCACUAUAAAUACCACACCUUCUUACAGUGCAAGAAAGAGACCAACACCAUUGAGCAGGCAGCCGAGGACCCUGGCCAAGAGGAAGUGGUGCAGCAGUGCAUGGCCAACCAGAGCUGGCUGGACACCCUCUUUAACUCCUUUAUCGAGCUGCUCACACUCAGCACCAAAGCCUGAGUUAGCCUCACAGAGAGACCUAGUGAGCUGGAAUCAGAGGACUUAAAAGAGAAAAAAAACCAACAUAAAGUUGAGAUGGAUCCCACUGUACAGCCCCCAGACCCGUCUUUGAAUCUCUUCAGAUCUGAGGAUGAUGUUUUUGAAGCCCUUGAGGAACACGGAAGGGUUUGUUGAUGUGACCUCGGACGCUGGCCUUUUUUCUUUUCUUGUUUUUGAUCAGUCACUAAAGAAAGCGUCUUACUUUGUGAGAGUUGGACCCCAUUGGAUUAAGGGGUCGCCAGAGGCUCAAGAGGAUACACUGAUCAUUGAUGAAAAAGGGAGAGCUACAAAAUGGAUGGACAACGAGGAGGAGCCGUAACGCCUAGUCAAAGGAGGAGCCACUGACAUCUUGUUAAAUGUGUGUCAUAAAGACAAUAGUUCAGAGAAAAAAAAUACUAUUACUGCUUAGUUUUUACAUAAAUUAUUUUUUUGAAAAGACUAACAUCAGCUGUCGGCUUUUGAAAAGAGUGGAAGAAGGCGAGAAUGCUUUUUAAACUGCGUGUAGAGUGUGCCGUGAGCAGCGUGAUCAUGGACUCGUCCAGGAAUUAAAAAAAAAAAGUGUUAAGAAACGCUCCCUCUCCCUGUCGUCRUAUGAAGGGCAGCACCAGUCAGCUGUGUGAUAAUAUAUAAACACAUUUUUAUUAUUUAUAUAAGGAGGUUUUUAACUUAAACUCUCACAAGCGCUGGUUUGCUGUCCUCUAACAUUUAAUAAAAGCUUUUUAUUUUCCACGGGAUCAGUAUACAAUCAUAACCCACAUAUCCAAGUCGUCUUCCCCUCGAUACAAAAGAACAGACCUUGAGACAGAAAUAUUGUAUUAAAUACAGUGGGUGUAAAAUAAAGAAAAAGAUGGGCAAAAGACAAAAAAAAAAGGACGGUAAGAAAAGUUAUUUGAAACUUAACAUUGUUGUGCUUCAGUUCAAUCAUCAGUCAUGCAGGUGCAAAGAAAAAGAACUAUCCCUUUCCCAUGUGGGAAGGAGGAGUAUAAAUAAUAUUUAAAGAGAAAAUAGUCAUUUCAUUUUUAUCAUUUUGAUGUCUGUGCAUACUAUGACUUAUUUUGAAAAACAAUCCAAUUUUCCAUACAAAAGGAAAAAAAAGAUGUGUAAAUAUUGUACAGUUCUUGAUGAAAUUCUUUGUCCUUCUGUACAUUAACUCUCCUGUAUUUGAAAAACAAAUAAAAUCUACAAAGAACAAAUA